CUGUUCCGCAAAUCUGUUUGUGUUUUUACUGUUUCUUGCAGAGCUCUUCAGGGCACCACGAAGUGUAUAGGAUAUCAAACCAAUAGGACAAAAUGGCAACGGACUCUCCACGCAGACCGAGUCGCUGUGCUGGAGGGGUUUUGGUGAGAGCACAAGCUGCUACGGAGCAGUCUUAUAUGGAAAGUGUUGUGACUUUUCUACAGGAUGUAGUCCCUCAGGCAUAUACUGGGGCUCCACCCACUGAUGAGAAAGAGAAAAUCAUUUGGGUUCGAUUUGAGAAAGCUGACAUCAAUGACACUACACGCAACCCAGAGUUUAUGGAGAUGCACAGUGGCACCACUGACCCUCCACUCUGCCUCAUGAUUGGCUAUACUGACGGGAUGCAGAUCUGGAGCGUGUCUUUGGCAGGGGAAGCUCAAGAGCUUUUCUCGGUGCGACAUGGUCCAGUGCGAGCUGCUCGCAUUCUGCCAACUCCUCAUAACAGUCCUCUAAAGCUGGACAGUUUUGCUGACAAGAGGCCCCUCCUUGGGGUCUGCAAGAGCACAGGGUCCUCUGGGACAAGCCCUCCCUACUGCUGCGCUGACCUGUAUUCUCUAAGGACAGGGGAAAUGGUUAAAUCAAUUCAGUUCAAAACACCUAUCUAUGAUCUCCACUGCAACAAACAUAUUCUUGUUGUGAGCCUACAAGAGAAGAUUGCAGCCUUUGACAGUUGCACAUUCACCAAGAAGUUCUUUGUUACAAGCUGCUAUCCCUGCCCUGGCCCAAGCCUCAAUCCGAUAGCUCUGGGAAGCCGUUGGCUAGCCUAUGCUGAGAACAAGUUGAUAAGAUGUCACCAGUCUCGCGGAGGAGCUUGCGGUGACAAUGCACAGUCUUAUACUGCUACAGUGAUCAACGCUGCCAAAACUUUAAAAACAGGUCUGACAAUGGUAGGUAAAGUUGUGACCCAGCUGGCAGGCACCCUACCAGCAGGCACUCCGGACGAGGAGGGCGCAUCUCACAGUGCAAGCCGUCGCAGCCCACACAACCCCGGUGUGGUCACAAUUAUUGACACACACAGUGUUGGAGAAGGACAGGUCUUGGUGAGUGAGGACUCGGACGGUGAGGGAGUGGUGGCUCAUUUCCCAGCUCAUGACAAACCUAUAUCCUGCAUGCAAUUCAACCCCAGUGGAAUGCUGCUGGUAACUGCCGACACUCUGGGACAUGAUUUUCACGUCUUCCAGAUCCUCACCCACCCAUGGGCAUCCUCGCAGAGCGCUGUUCACCAUCUCUAUACCCUGCAUCGUGGGGAGACUGAAGCCAAGGUCCAGGACAUGUGUUUCAGCCAGGACAGUCGCUGGGUAGCCAUCAGCACUCUCCGUGGUACCACACAUGUAUUUCCCAUCAAUCCCUAUGGCGGUGCACCAUGUGCCCGGACUCAUAUGUCCCCACGUGUGGUCAACCGUAUGUCUCGCUUUCAAAAGAGUGCUGGAUUGGAGGAGAUUGAACAGGAGUUGAACAGGGCAGCUGCUUUAGGAGGAGGAGCAGGCAGUGGAAGUAUAGGAGGAACUGGCUGCAUCCUGGGUGGAGGAGGCAUUGGAGGCCGCUGUAGCCCCAUACCUGGCCUGUCCAGCAGCCCCUCAGGAUCUCCACUACACGGCAAACUGAGCAGCCAGGACUCAUAUAACAACUUCACCAAUAACAACAUGGGGAACCCGUUGCUCACCCCAUUGCCCAGCCUUACUGUGGUGCUGCCUCUGGCUCAGAUCAAACAGCCCAUGACUCUGGGCACCAUCACGAAGCGCACAGGCAAAUCUAAGCCACCCCCUCAGAUCUCACCAAGCAAGUCCAGUGGAGGAGAGUUCUGUGUGGCGGCCAUCUUUGCCUCAUCUCGCUCCUGGUUCAUCACUAACCCCAACAUAAAACGAGAGAAAGAUCAGUCCAGGCAGUCAGUUGUGGACUCGCUGUACAUACUUAGUUGCUAUGGUAAUUUGGUGGAGCACGUCUUGGAGCCUCGGCCAUUAAGCACCGCUCAAAAGAUAAGCGAUGAUACACCCUUAGAACUCAACACCUGUCCUAGGGCCUGCUGGACUCUAGCCAGGACUCCACAGUGGAAUGAGCUGCAGCCACCCUUCAACUCCAGUCAUCCCUUAGUGUUGGCCUCAGAUCUGGUGCAGUACUAUCAGUAUCUUCUGGCCGCAAUGCCUCCAGGAAGCCCAGGCCCAAUCACGCGUCACGAGUCAUCCGACAGUCUGGCAUCAGACCACAGUGGACAGGAUGAUGAGGAGUGGCUCUCUCAGGUGGAGAUUGUGACUCAUACAGGCCCCCACCGGCGCCUGUGGAUGGGCCCGCAGUUUCAGUUUAAGACCAUUCAUCCUUCAGGCCAGACCACAGUCAUCUCCUCUUCAUCCUCAGUGCUUCAGUCCCAGGGCCCCAGUGAUGUCCAGCAGCCCCUUUUGGACUUUGACACAGAUGACCUAGACCUACACAGCCGCAGGAUCCAGCCGGUACGUUCAGAGCCAGUCAGCAUGCCGGGCUCAUCACGGUUGGUGGCUGAUCGCCGAGGCCAGUCCAACAUCAUGGAUGCAGGAUCAGGGCAAUUUGAUGGACGUGGUGUAACCCUGCUGGAGGUAUGUGGGAGCUGGCCAGAGAGCUUUGGCGUGCCACGACACAAUGUUGGCUCAGCAGACGCGAGCGACGAGGGCCUGCGAGAGAGAUUGGCUGACGCCAUGUCUGAGUCCCCAUCUAGGGAUAUAGUAGGCUCUGCCACAGAGCUGCAGAGGGAGGGCAGCAUUGAGACCCUCAGUAACAGCUCCGGUUCCACCAGCGGCAGCAUCCCGCGCAACUUCGAGGGCUACCGCUCACCCCUGCCCACCAACGAGAGCCAGCCGCUCAGCCUCUUCCCCACAAACUUCCCCUAGGACCCCACCACCACGACCACCUCUCUUCUGGCGUCCAUCCCACCUGACCACCUGCCUGCCACCGUCCUCCUCCUCCUCCUCCUCUGUCUGCCCAUCCAGCAUCACACUUGCACGCUGAUGUGGUGUACUGAUAACAAAUCAAGAGAUUUGUGUUUAUGUGGUCAGCAUGCUUUCUGUUUUCCUUGUCUCAUACAGCUGCUCAGCACUCAGCUGCAUCCACUAUUAGUCUUUCAUUUUUAAGGGUUGAAUUUUCAAGAUGCUGACAGCUGUGCAGACUUCCACUUAAUUCAGAUUUGACCAUUUUAAUUCUAAAAUCAUUCCAAAAAAUGCAAAUGAUUUUUCUGUUUACCCUCAAACUGUGUUCAUGUCUGGGUGGAAACACCUGGACUCAUUUAUUGCAGACUUUUGAAAACUCGUUACUUUAAAGGGUAGCAGCUGUUUUAAGCAGCUGCUUAGACAUAAACUAAAUAAAGAACAGAUAAAAUACAGUUUAAUAUUUUGAUAUAGCUGGUAUCAGGGAGAAAUGUCCAUUAAUUUCAAUAUUACAUUUCUAAUAGGAGGGUAACCCAGCUUGUUACGCUGUUGUGUCGAAUCAGCGGCCAGUUCACACACGUUGUUGUUAAGCAGCCUCUCCUCUCUGCAGCUGAUGGCUGCUGCUCCGUCAGCUGCCGUCAUUCUCUGUGUGCUUCUGAAGUUUUAUGGUGUGCCUAUUGUCUGAACGAGCCAUAAGAAAAAGGAGCGCCGACAGAGGGAAAAAAAGAAAAUGUUUCUUCUCUAGUGACAUACAGGAGCUCCUUCUUCCUCUGUCAGAGUGUGUUGCUGCUCUCGUGGCCUCCCGCUUAGUGUUUUUGAUUAAAUUUGCUCCUUUCAUGCCUCUGAUUUUCAUGUAAUCACAUUUGACAAAGGAUGCAGUAAUGAGAUGACACUAUUACUGCUUUGCUGGAGUAAUUUAGAUGUUUACAGUGUAAUCGAGAUAUGUUUCUGAAAUCAUUUAGAUAUAUUCCCCACUCUGCCUUUCCAGAUAGUAAAUUUUAAUUGAGCGCAGUAAUGGAGGCUUGUGUACUCGUCACGCUGAAUUUUGUACAUUAACAACUUUUGACCAAAAUCUCUUUCCUGCCUCGUUCAAGAUCUUUAAAAUCUGUAUUUUCCUUUUUCUUUUUUUUUUGCCUGCAGAAAUAAAGAUUGAGUUUGUCUGAUAGUUUGUCCUUACUAGAAUAUUUGAAUAGCGAAAAAAAUAAAUGCACUAAGAAAAUGUUCAAAAUGUAGUUUGCAGUGCUACAUGUGUGAGUGCUGUUGGACUGCCUGCAUGUCAGAUGUUCUGGCUCAGAUACUGAAUGGACAGUAAAAAAAAAAAAAAAGCAUGAUUAUUAUUCUUGUUGUUGGGUUUGUA